AGUUAGGAGAGUGCAGAGGAGAACUGUGUAUCUGAUGACCCUAGCGAUUACAGGUGGAUUUGAGGAGAGUGCUAUGGAGAGAAAAUAUAAAAAACUGAAUAUUUUGGAGGAGGAUAGAAAGAUGGCGGGAGAGAGAAGUCAGGAGAGCAGUGAGCUGCAAAUGAAAUGGCCAAAACAUCACAAAAGGCCAAGGAGUCCACAGACCUUCAGAGGAGGCAGUAAGAGGAGGAAGAGAUGCCGUGCUCAAGCCAGAAGACCUGCCCCACUGAAGAUUAGCAGUUAUGAAGUCCACAAAGUCCUUGGGCGAGGAAGUUUUGGCAAAGUAAUGUUGGCUACACUCACCAGCAGGAAACAACUUGUGGCACUUAAAGUCCUGGAGAAAAGACCAGAGAUCAUGAAGGAACACCGUGCCCUGAAGAUUGCUGGGGGAAGCCCUUUUCUUUGCCAUGCCUAUGCAGCAUUCCAGUCAAAGCUGCAGGCCUUCUUCGUCCUGGAGUACGCCAGUGGGGGCAGCCUUUCUACUGUGAUGGAGAACGGACCCUUUCCAACAUCUACAGUCAUGUAAGUGACACAGUACUUGAAAUGGUGGAACAUGGGAUGACAGAAAG